AUGCCGCGGUGCUACAAGAGCGACCUGUUUGAACAGAGCCAAUUGGAGGAUAUUUCGCCUUACAAUGGAAUAUCUAAAGUUCAGGCAGAACUGCCGAAACUAUCCUUGCGUGAUGCACCAGAGGAGAAUUCAUUCUCUUCUAUGUCCAGUCCAGCUCCAGGUCCCUUAAGUCCUCCGCUAGGACCAAUGAAUACAGAUAUCGGAGAUCUUCAUGAUGUUCCUAUCAAUGACAACGCAGACACUCUGUCUACAAAUAUCAUUCACUCUCGAUCUCUAGAAGAGGUCCCAACAGAUACAUCUGAAGUUUUCUUGAAGAUUACUGUCACUUCACCUCAAAAAAUAGGUGAUGGAAUGGGAGCCUACGUUGCAUACAAAGUUGAAACGAGAACGAAUAUGCUUAUCUUUAAGAAAAGGAACUUUAGCGUAAUUAGGCGGUUUAGUGAUUUUCUAGGUCUUCACGAUAAAUUAACAGAGAAAUAUCUUAGAAAUGGCAGGAUAAUUCCACCAGCUCCAGAAAAAAGUGUCAUUGGAACUACAAAGAUAAAAAUGUCCGGGGAUAAGAGUCAAGAACAAAAUUCGAGUUCCACUGAAUUUAUUGAACGACGCAGAGCAGCUCUUGAGAGGUAUUUGAAUAGAACUGCUGCACAUCCAGUUUUGAGCAUUGAUCCUGAUUUCAGAGAAUUUUUAGAAGCUGAUAUAGAAUUGCCUAAGGCCACUAAUACAUCUGCAUUGAGUGGUAAAGGAGUAAUGCGGCUUUUCAACAAAGUUGGGGAAACUGUUAAUAAGAUAACAUAUAAAAUGGACGAGAGUGAUAUGGAAGGUAAGUGGUUCGAAGAAAAAACAUCGCAAAUAGAUUCUCUUGAUAUUCAGUUACGCGCGUUGCAUUCCGCGGUCGAUUGUUUAACAAAUCAAAGAAGGGAAUUAGCAAAUUACACUGGUGCUACGGCGAAAUCGAUUGCCGUUCUUGGCCAUGGCGAACCUGGAGCAUCUCUUGGAAGAGCAUUAGCACAACUGGCCGAAACACUGGAAAAAGUGGAAGUAAUCAGGAAAACGCAAAGUAACAGUGAUCUUUAUCAAUUUGGGGAAAUGUUAAGGGAUUACGUUGCGCUCAUUGGUGCAAUUAAAGAUGUUUUUCAUGAAAGAGUGAAAGUUUUUCAAAACUGGCAGCAUGCUCAAUUGAUGUUGAACAAGAAACGCGAGCAAAAAGCGCGACUCGAGCAAUCGGGUCGCACGGACAAAACAAGUCAAGCAGCUACCGAGGUCAUAGAAUGGGAGGCGAAGGUAGACAGAGGUCAAGAAGAAUUCGAUAAUAUUUCGAAAAUGAUAAAGGAAGAGAUCGAACGUUUCGAAUUAGUUAGAGUACAAGAUUUCAAGAAACAGUUAAUUGAAUAUCUGGAAUCAAUGCUGCAACACCAAAAUCAACUCAUCAAGUAUUGGGAGAGCUUUUUGCCAGAAGCACGAGCAGUGGCGUAAACAUUCCAUAUGUUAAAGAAAACCGAUAGUACGAUAAUAAGGCCGAUAUCUACCGUGUAACGUGAAAGAAAUAACUUCUGUGACGUUCGUCAAAGUAAGUUUCAGUAUCAAUGAUUCGUUCAGUAUCAUUGUUCGUAUUAAAAGAAUUGUCAGCUUUGUUGUAUAUUCGAAGUAAAAAAGAAAUAAACAUGCAUUUGGGCAUAUUGCUAAUUCAUUAAAAAUUUUUUAUGUAUGAUGAAAGGAAAGAAUAUAUCCUAAGACGGACGUGACUAGAA